AAAUCACCGCCAAAUUGUGUCAACUUUGAUUUUGAUUUGUGAAAAAUAAAAGUGUAUUUUAUAUAUUCUAAGUGAGAAAAAGGGAUAAUUUCAUAAAAAUCGUCAUUAAAGUAAGGGAAUAAAUAAGUUAGCCGAAGCAAAACGUUGUUUCAAAAUGUUGCCGAACACAUUUUAAGUGCAUAGAUAACGAGAUAAAAAAAGGUUUGGCUAUUUGGCCGCAAGAGACAUUUUUCGAGUGUCUUUUAACAUCACAUCAAUCUUCCAGUCCGCACGUGUAUUUAUCGUCCACAGCCAAAUCACCCACUUCACAUAAAUUGUAUAGAAAAAAAAGUGAUUCAAAAUGCUUCCGCUCACACAUCGAGAUCAUCGCAGCCUUUUGUAUCGCAUCAAAACCAAACUGAAUGAUUGGAAGCGUCUCAUAUUCUCCGAUCGUAAUUCAAGGAAUCUCUUCCUAUUCUUAUUGUUGAACUUGAGUUUCGCUUUUGUAGAACUUUUCUAUGGCAUUGCAACUAAUAGUUUGGGUUUGAUAUCCGAUUCGUUCCAUAUGUUCUUCGAUUGUACUGGAUUGAUGGCCGGUUUAGUUGCGUCAGUAAUCACGAAAUGGAAAGCCAAUGACAAAUAUUCGUAUGGUUAUGUACGAGCCGAAGUGUUAGCUGGCUUUGUGAACAGUUUGUUCUUGUUAUUUAUUUCGUUCUUUAUAUUAUCAGAGGGAGUUGAACGCGCCAUUGAACCACCAGAGGUGAAACAUGAGCGUUUAUUUGUUGUGUCGAUACUUGGGUUCCUUGUCAAUUUGAUUGGUAUCUAUGCAUUCCAACAUGGCCACGGACACUCGCACGGAGGAGGCGGACAUGGUCACAGCCAUUCAUCGCAUUCGCAUGACCAACACAAUGAUCUAUUGAUGAAUAAUCAUGGCCAUUCGCAUAAUAACUUCAUGGAUAAUCAUGGUCAUUCACAUGACGGACAUGGCCAUAGUCAUAAUCAUACCCCGGCGGCACCAAUAAGUGGAGGUGAUUCUCAAAUUAUGCGCGGUGUUUUCCUCCACAUUCUUGCUGAUACAUUGGGUUCGGUUGGUGUUAUCAUAUCGGCCGUGUUGAUGCAUCUCUUCGGCUGGAUGCGAGCAGAUCCAAUUUGUUCCAUUUUCAUUGCCCUUUUGAUUGCAGCCAGUGUUAUCGGUCUGAUCAAAGAGUCUGCUCAAGUAUUGAUGAUGCGACAACCGCCAAACCUUGACUAUCCACUGUCACAAUGCUACCAGAAAUUGACUGGUCUUGCUGGUGUGUACAGCGUGCAAGAGCCACACUUUUGGACUUUAUGCAGUGAUGUGUAUGUGGGCGCCAUCAAAUUAGAAGUAUCGGAAAAUGCAGAUGCCAAAUACGUAACGAAACAAACUCGAAUGAUAUUUGAAUCGAUCGGCAUUAAGCAUAUGACCAUUCAAUUGGAUUACGUGUGAUAGAGUUAUAAGUUCCCUCCCCUCUCCCCCAAAAAAUAAUCGUUUUUCGAUUCCAUUUUCUUAGCAUUCCCAUGCGAUUUUGUAUGCUCGAUUGCCAAAAAACAAAAGGAACUACACUAAUCAACUAGGAAAUGAAUUUUCGGAUGCAUGACAUGUAUAAGAGAAAUAAAGCCACGAGCAUUUAAAAUCACAUGGCUAAAAUCACACACACACUACUUGUUUUAAUCGAUUGAAUUGAUACUGUACACAAUUACGUUUAGAAUGAGAGAAAUGAUCUAUUUAAAGACAAAACAAAAAAGAAGUGAGAAACAAAACUUGUAUUUUAAGCUCAGUAACAAUACGAACACUUAUUUAAUAAACUGAAUGCCUUGCUGAAA